AUGAAAGCUAAAGAUGGGGUUUGGUUGGUGGUCUGCUUCUUUGUUAUUCUGAUUGGACCCUGUGAGAGCAGCAGAAGAAGAUCCUCGCCUGUGUUAGACGGGACGGGAACUGGUCGGUGUGGGGUGGAUGGAGCUCAUGUGAUUGCAAGGAGGCGAAUGCAGCUGAAGGUAGCCGGUUUAGUUCACGAAGUUGCAGUAGUCCUUCUCCGUCCUGCGGAGGAUUUUCCUGCUCUGGAUCCUCUACAAAGACCACGAGUUGUUCCAAAGACUGCACAGGGAACACUGUUUAACGUGAAGUGUGAUCCAAUACACGAGUUCGGAGAGAACCACUACAACGAGAUCCUAUUCAACCCUCAGGGCAACAUGGUCGGACUUUGUGGGUUCGGGAACCUUCGAGGCAAGAUAAAGUUCUAUGAAACGGAGAACAAUAAGUUGUUAUCAGACUUUGUGGCAGCGGAUGCUACUUUCUUCGAAUGGGCCCCCUGUGGAGAUGUCUUUAUCACAGGUACCCUGUCACCCCGACUGAGACAAGACAAUGAGUUUAAGCUGUGGGAUGUGUCCGGUAAGAUACUCCACCACUACCAGGUCCCAACAGAUGAGACCCAGCUGUGGCAGCUGAUGUGGAUCAACCCUGCUAAGCUGCUACCUCCCCCUGUUGUUCCUAGACCUGCCACCUCUAAGGAGAUUGCUGCUGGAAAACCCCAGGCGUACAGACCACCUGGCUCCCGACAGGGUCCAGCUGCAGCUACCCGCUCACUCCUCCCCAACGUUCAAGGUGGAGUCUACAAACCCGGCAGUGAUGCCCAACGAAACCAGCCCUCUAGGCAAGCCCAGAAAAAUCAGAGAAAACGAGAAAAUAGGGCCAAGCAAAUUGAGGAUGAGAAAGUUCCAGCGCCUACGAUGCAAGAUUUGCAGUCUACCAUAGUUGAUGAGAGGGAGAAGAAGGUCAGGAAUCUUAAGAAGAAAUUGCACCAGAUCGAAAAAUUGAAGGGCCAGGUGGCCCAGGGCAAGACUUUGGAGAAAAAUCAGAUGGAUAAGAUUGCCUCUGAGAAUGAUCUUAUCGAAGAGAUAAAACGAUUAGAGUUAUAAUUUAUUUGAAUCUGAAUUUGAGAAGGGUUUUUAUUUAUUUCUGUAGCUCAUUGUGUUAAAUAUUUUUAUUAACUAAUGUUUGCUAAAUUUUAAAUUAAA